AAAACAACAAAAAAACAACCAAGAUGUCUUCAUCGAGGCCAGAACAGCUAGUAGUCCAACAUUUUACCCAUAUCCAUCCAUUAACGAAGGUUGACGGAUAUGGUGAGUUCACAUGCGAUGGCUGCAAAACCUACGGCUUUGGGAAGACCUACCGUUGCACCCGGUGUGACUACAAUCUUCACGAUCAUUGUGCCACGUGCCCCUCUACCCUCGCCACCUUUAUGCAUCCGCAGCACGAGCUCCGGCUAGUCUUUAGAGGACCAGAGCAUACGCACCAGAACAAACGUAUGUGCGACAUAUGCGAUGAAUCAGCCGAGGGGCUCUAUUACCAAUGUGAGCCUUGUGGCUUUGAUGUUCACCCACUGUGCACGCAGCUUCCUCAGCACGUAAGACACGUCCCUCACCCGGCCCAUCUCUUAGAGCUGAGUCAGUGGGGAGCUAGCAGCAUCUGCAUGGUUUGCCGCGGUGCAAUCCGAUCUUGGCGGUACAAAUGCGGUCCAUGCGGGUUAGAUGUUCACAUGGAAUGCAUUAGUUCAUCUGCGUCGGUAGCAGCAACGAAGAUACAGCAAAGGUGUUUUGGGUCACCACAACCGCAAUUUUACCAUUCUGAGUAUUACUACCACCAUGCUUAUUACAAUCACGGAUAUACAAAUCAAGGUCAGGUUCACGGAUAUGCAAAUCAAGGUCAGGUUCAAGAACCGGGUCGGAGUAAAGGAAGAAAAAUGUUUAGUAUUUUGAUGGAUUUAACUGUUGGGGUCGUUUGCAACAUCAUUGCUGGGCCAGCUGUCGAAGUCCUUAACGGGUGCUUUUGA